GGCCACCGUUCCCUCCCGCCGCUCCGCUUCCCGAAAAUGGCUCCCCUCGAAGACCUCACCCGGGUGCUGGCCGAGCUCGCCGCGCGCCUCUCCCGGCCUCCCGCCGGCGGCGGCAAUGCCUCCUACGGGGACGCCCUUUCGGCCUCCAUCUCCUCCCUCGCCGCCACCCUCAACCCCAGCGGCGGCAGGGGCGGCGCCUCAUCCGGAACCAGGGUUCUGGACGCCGCGCUCUCCCUCAUGUGCUUCGACCCGCUAGAGGUGAACAGGGCUCGCGUCGACUGCCUGGUCCGCACCCUCGUCUCCGCGCUCUCCGCGUCAGUCUCGUGCGGCGUGGUCCGGCCCGAUGGGGGCGCUGGUGAGGAGAUGCUCUGUGUUGGGAGCUCCGUCUCGCCAGGGGAUUGCCGCGAGCUGCUCCGGUCGUGUGCAGCCCUUGUGCAGAAAUUGGGGGAUUCUGAUGCUGGAAGGCAUUCUUAUGAUCUGUUGUAUGCUGUUGUGAAAAUGGCGGUGUUGUCCCCUCACUACCAGAGUCUUUUCCCAUUACCAUAUUAUAAGGAAGAGGGAGAAUGCGAAUAUGAUGUUGGAAACGUUGCUGCGGAGUUAAUAAACCAUCCUUCCAAUCAUGCCCCUCCUACUGGUAACUCAAUCCCACUGAGGUUAUUUUUAUGGCAUCUUGAUCCAUCAAUUAUUAAGGAUGAUCUGUCAGCGAUGCUCCAGGAGGUAACUAGAAGGCCCUUACUUUGCAUCAGAAAGGAAUUACAUAAUCGGAUGGAGUGGCGUAUCAUCAUAAUUUGCCUGGUUUGCUCCCCAACAAUGUUUAUGGAGAUGGGAUCAUUAUUGCACUUCUGGUUUCUAGCAACGGGUUUGGGUUCCGUAUUAGAACUUCACAGUGCAUUGGUAUCUUCAGCAUUAGACAUUCUUCUCAAGCCAAUGUCAUGGGGAAUAUCCAUAGAAUUGGGACAGAAGUUCCCCUUUUCACAUGCUUACUUCCCAAGCCAACAUAGUGACUUGCUUGCGAUACUAACUGGACCCUUAUCAUGUAAAGCCUUUUUGGACCUAGUUUCUUGUAUCAAUGCGUUGGUUCAUUUGGAUAACACAAGAAGCAGGUGCUCUUCCCCAAAAAACUCACAACUACAACCUGUAAAGGGAUCGGUAAAAUAUAAUUCUGCUUGGUACAUGAUUAUAAAUUUCCCUUUCUGGUUCAAUUUUGCAAGUGCUUUACUUUUCCACCGAGAAGGCUCACAAGAUUAUUUAUCAGAAACAUUAUCCAAAGAGACACUUGCUGAUUCUUUAAGUGAUGUCAGUCUUGCUCAGAAGGCAGCCUUUUACCUUUCUUGGGUCCUAUGCCCUUCUAAUGAUGAUCAGUGCCAGAUGCUAGCUAACAAUAUUUUGGAAAUAUCACAUUCUUGGGCUAGGAACAACAAAAAGCACCCAAAUAUUACUGUAAAUCAUAGGAGGAAAUUGCGAAUACCCACAGCCAUGGACUCAGAGAAACUCCAUGUGCCAACCAACGCUGUAAGCACCCUGAUUAAGGAAUUUGAUGAUCGCUGUGUCAAAUUUUGUAGCACAACUGCCUUUCCUCAAGUGCAAGCUGAAAAACUAUCAGACUUCCAUCCCUCAUGCCAUAAUCUAUUGCAUCUGUUGAUUCCGUUAGGAGUAUUGCUUGUAUCGUCUAGUUGUGUUAAUGAGCAGAAUUGCAACAUGCUUCUGCACUACGCAAGCACUGGGCAGGUUCUGAAGUCAACUGAAGUGGAGACGAAAACAAAAGAUCAUGCUAGUAAUGAUGGUUUCUCGAGCAGCUGCAGUGGUACUGCUCAAAGAUGGGCUUUGAGUGGUGCACAUCUCAUCUUUGGCUGGCUUGGUGCUGUUGAGGAUAUGUCCUCACUGAUAUUUGAUUGUGAAGAUAGAUAUCAGCAUUUUGUUAAUCAACUCAAAACCAAGACAGGCCCAUACCUGCUCAAGUGUGUAACAUUAUUAGUUGAGAUGCUGGAUGAUGCAGAUCAAGAUAGAGAUUUUGCAAUCGAUCUUCAUAAUAGGUUGUUAAACUGGGAUAAGAAUGGGCAGGGCUGUGAGAUAUUUGGCGAUGUUAUCCUCAAAAUGAAUAAAAGGUUUAAAGUUACUUUGUAGCAGU